AUGGAGGAUUUCAGGGAGUCUGAGUUCCAGCCUUUCAGCUGGAUUAGCAAGAACCCUUCAGAAAUGGGAGAAUCUUGGCUCUUCAUUAUCUCUUGCCUUAUUGCUGGGCUGGUUGGAAUUUUGACUAUAUUGUACACUGCUUUCCAGUGGAGAAGAAACAUAAAUUUGACCUGGACGAAAGCCAUUGCCAGGUCAAAGAAGAGCCCAAAGACUAAAAACAAGGUCCCAGUGGCUCCUCAUACUUGGGUUUUGGAAUCGGGCUCUCGUGGAAAAAGUUUGAACUGCUGUGUAUGCUUAAAGUCCAUGUCGCCUUCACAAGCUCUUGCCUCCAUGGGAAGUUCAGACAGUUUUAUUCAUCAUUGCAGCAUAUGUGGUUCGGCAGCUCACCUUAGCUGCUCUCCACAUGCGCAUAAGGAUUGUAAGUGUGUAUCUAUGGUUGGAUUCGAGCAUGUGCUGCAUCAGUGGGCCUUGCGCUGGGCAGAUGUUACUGAUCAACCUGACGACUCUUCUUUCUGUAGCUACUGUGAAGAACCAUGCAGCAGCUCUUUUCUUGGCGGAUCCCCUAUAUGGUGUUGUUUAUGGUGUCAGCGCUUGGUGCAUGUUGAUUGCCACUCUAAUAUGUCUAAUGAAAAUGGAGAUAUCUGUGAUUUGGGUCCUUUUAGAAGACUUAUUCUAUCACCUCUUUAUGUUAAAGAAUUGAACAAGGGUGGUUUUUUAAGCUCUAUUACUCAUGGUGCUAAUGAGAUUGCUUCUUCUGUCCGUGCCAGCAUAAGGAACCAGGGUAAGAAGCACAAACAUGGGAAGGAAGUCCCUUUGGAGAUUGCUAAUGGCAGUGUUUUUAGUGACACGUCCACAGAAAGUAUAGCUGAUGUGAGCCCCCGAGUGAAUGGUAGACCUGAUAUGAGCCCAAGAGUCAAUGGUAUAGCUGAUGUGAACACACGAGCUAACGGCAGCCCACGAGUUAAUGGGUACCAUUUAGCAGAGGAAAACUGCAAUGGUGGUAUUGGUCUUGAUGGUUUAGAACCGCUACAUAAUGGGGAGGUGAAAAAAUUGGAGUCCAAGCCAAGUUUUAAAAGAAGCUUGUCAAAUAACCAAAAGGAUGACUUCCAGGUCGCCAGGCAGAAUCAAAGGUACGAGUUGAUCGACUUGCCUCCGGAUGCGAGACCGUUGCUUGUAUUCAUAAAUAAGAAGAGUGGAGCCCAGAGAGGUGAUACGUUGCGUUUGCGAUUGAAUCUUCUUCUUAACCCUGCUCAGGUCGUUGAGUUGAGCUCAGCGCAGGGACCAGAAGUUGGUCUUUAUUUGUUUAGAAAGGUACCCCACUUUAGAGUUCUUGUCUGUGGAGGAGAUGGUACAGUUGGCUGGGUUUUGAAUGCCAUCGACAAGCACAAUUUUGUUUCACCUCCUCCAGUGGCUGUCCUGCCUGCUGGGACAGGGAAUGAUUUGGCUCGUGUUCUUUCUUGGGGUGGGGGUCUAGGAGCUGUUGAAAGACAAGGUGGCCUUUGUCCGCUGCUAAAUCAUAUUGAAAAUGCUGCAGUUACUAUUCUUGAUCGAUGGAAGGUCUCAAUUCUAAACCAACAAGGAAAGCAGCUGGAUGCUCCAAAGUUCAUGAACAAUUAUCUUGGGGUUGGUUGUGAUGCAAAGGUUGCUUUAGACAUUCAUAACCUUAGAGAAGAGAAUCCAGAGAAAUUUUACAACCAGUUCAUGAAUAAGGUUCUUUACGCGAGGGAAGGGGCGAGAAGUAUUAUGGAUAGGACCUUUGCGGAUUUUCCUUGGCAAGUUCGUGUGGAAGUUGAUGGUGUAGAGAUUGAGGUCCCUGAGGAUGCUGAAGGUGUUCUUGUGGCAAAUAUUGGAAGCUACAUGGGUGGAGUAGAUUUGUGGCAUAAUGAGGAUGAAACACAUGAUAACUUUGGUCCUCAAUCUAUGCAUGAUAAGAUGCUUGAGGUAGUCAGCAUUUCAGGCACAUGGCACCUUGGCAAGCUUCAGGUGGGUUUGUCUAGGGCACGGAGACUUGCGCAGGGACGGUCAAUAAAGAUCCAGUUAUUCGCUGGACUUCCUGUUCAAGUUGAUGGAGAACCAUGGUUUCAGCCAACGUGUACACUGGCAAUAUCCCACCAUGGACAGGCUUUUAUGCUGAGAAGAACAGCUGAGGAGCCUCUUGGUCAUGCUGCAGCCAUUGUUACCGACGUUCUUGAGAGUGCAGAAUCCAAUCACGUGAUUAAUGCUUCGCAGAAGCGCGCUCUUCUUCAGGAAAUGGCCUUGAGGCUAUCCUAA